AGGGCAGCGGGGGAGCGAGCGGCGGCGGGUGCCUCUAGCGAGCGCUCGGGCGGCCGCAGCUGAGCGCCCCGCUGGCCGCGCCGCGCUGGGGGAGCAGAUGCUCGAGCCUUGCGGAGCGGCCAGCUCGCCCCGGCCGAGGGAAAAGAGGGAGAUGCAGCGCAGGGGGAGCGCCCACACCUCCACUUCUGUCUAAGGAAGCAUAAAGGCAUCAUGGUGAGUAAGGAGCCCAGCAAAUGCUUACUCACCAGCUCGGAAAGCGAAGUUGAGCCAGCGGCUUCACUCGCGUUGGAGAUGAAAUACGCACUGGAUCCCAACCGGCAGAUUAAGAAACGAAACAAAGCUCUUCAGGUGAGAUUUAAGGAUAUCUGCGAGGCCCAGAACGAGCAGAGGGACAAACAGCUGUCCACCACACAGGAUCCCGACAAGAGAGAAGCCAAGUCCAUUUCCUACAAAACGGCUUAUCGCAAGUACAUGACGGUGCCUGCCCGGAGGUCAAUACCCAACGUCACCAAAAGCACAGGAGUUCAGACUUCACCUGAUCUUAAAAAGUGUUACCAGACCUUUCCUCUGGACCGGAAAAAAGGGAAUAUUCUUAAAAGCGCCUCGACUGUCGACACGUUUAAGAGUCAAAACAAUGGGUUUCUAAUAGACGUUAAAGACAAAGACGGCAGAAGCUCAGGGGAGGCCGUUCAGUGGAGCAGGAAGGCCAGCAGCUUGCAGACAGCAGAGUUCAUUUCUCACAUCAACGAGCGCACCAACACAGGAUCUCGCGACAACGGGGCCGAGGCCUGGAAAAGCAGCGAUUUGCACAGCUCUCCCAAAUUGCCGCCUCCUCCUCUCCCAAACUCGUCCGAUCCCGCUUUGGAGGAGCCCGUCGCUGCCCGGCCACCCAGCCGAGAGAAACAGGCAGCAGGGCGGCUCGGGAGCGAGGAGAUCAUCCAGCCCCUCCACGGGAGGGUCUUCAAGACUGAAGUGGCCACUGUUUAUUUGCCAGGGGCCGGUUCAAACGCCUCGCAGCCCGACUUGCCCAACCUCACAGCUGAAACCGACUGGUCACCGUGCCCAACAGACGAGGAGGACAAAAAGAGGACCGCGCACCUGAACGGUGUUCAGCCCCAGGCGGGAGAUGCUCGAGCCUGCUCGUCACGAGCGCCGUGCCAAGCCACCGAAUGUAACGAACAGACCCUUCAGAUAAACGUUUCAGCUAUGGAGGAGAACCAGCCUUGCCAAACAGCCGUCGCGGUGAGCGAGGAAUGCCAACAAAUCGUGCCUCACACGGAAGUUGUGGACUUGAAAGCGCAGCUUCAGAUGAUGGAAAACUUGAUCAGCUCUAGUCAGGAAACCAUAAAAGUGUUGUUGGGUGUUAUACAGGAGCUAGAGAAAGGAGAAGCUCACAGAGAAGGGCUUUCAUAUCGGACUGGUCAAGACACGGCUAAUUGCGACACAUGCAGGAACAGUGCAUGUAUUAUCUAUAGUGUGGAAUUGGAUUUUAAACAGCAAGAAGAUAAACUACAGCCAGUUUUGAGAAAACUUCAUCCUAUUGAGGAAACUCAGGUUGCACCUUUGCCUUAUUCUCAGGAGAGCUACUCCUCUACUCCCAAGCAAAAAUCCAAAACUGAAUCAAAAAAGCAUGGAAGAUGGAAACUCUGGUUCCUUUAACCCAAGUCCAUUACACGUGGAGUUCAAGGCCUUGUUUGAAAAAUAUUUGGAGUUCUAUCAAUCAUCUAUAAUGGGAUCUUGGUAAACUGAUCAGUGUCACUGGCCAAUGUAGUUCUGAGCAUUCUGGCAGCAUUCAGUUCUCACACCGUAUGUACCAAAAAGGCCUUUGUACCGAUAAACUCAUGUCCAGAAGCAAGGCGGUAGAGAAUACCUUGCCAACUUUUAUUUGCAGUUCACCAAUGUGGGAUGUAAAACCUGAAAUUGAAAAUUUGUACAAAGAUGGAAAGUAAAACUGUUUCCCCCCCUUAGAUCUGAAAGCGUCACAUUCUAACCUGUUAAAUUGUAGACCGUCAUCCUGUACACAGCUAACUAUCACUGUUGGUUUAAAGCCUUUUUGGGGUUCGGUUUAUUGUCUUUAAACAACCACGAGGGGGAAAAAAAAAAGCAAGCAAGCCUUAUGUUUGCAAUGAUCUUCAGUUUUACAGAUCCAUGUUGAUCGGGGAGUGCAGUUUUCAGCACAUAUAUCCUGGACAAAGCACAAUUUUUCAUGUGGUCCAAGACCAUAAAUUAUCUCUAAGGUGUGACUAUGUGUAUAUUUGCCUUCACGCAAUGUAGACUUCAGCCAAGCUAUCACAUUUUGACGUGUUAUCAUUUCUAAAUUAGCUGUGUCCUCAUCUCCAGACGAACAAGUUUGUUGCUCAUCUUCAAUGGGUGAGUGGCUAGAAACCUCACAAAGUCAGGACAAGCCUUUAACCACACCAAGCUGACAGGGUUAAGGUUAGAGGACAGUCAUCUGUUCUAGAUCUCAUUUUUUCAUACCCAAAAGUCUGAAUGAGACAUUCUGGCACUGAAAAAAAAAAAAAAAAAAAAAGAACCCCACAAGGAGAACAAUCAAAAGCUCUAUGGACUGUUGGCAUUUGCCAUAAUUUAGAAUCUUUUCAUAACGCAGUCUUUGGAAAAUCUCUACACUGUUGCAGAAAGCACCAGAAAAUUUAUAGUGUGCAUCACGCCUUGAAACCUGUUCAGAAGGAGCAGUAAUUUUAAACGCUAUUUAUUUUCUAAGCUUCUUAGAUGGGUUUCUCAGCAUAUUAUAAUUUACAUCUCAAUCUAUUAAUUGUAUUUGCCAACCAACACACUUAGGGAAGAGACAUGAAUCAAUUUCUCCCCCCCCCCCCCCCCCCCUUUUUUUUUAAAAUGACACAAAACUUUGCAUUAUAAACAGCAACUUUUCCCUUUAAGUACUUGCUGCUGUCUUUAACUUGCACAUAGAAUGACCGUUUCUGGAAAAAUUCUCAUGCUAGAAGUGUCCAGAUAGCGGGAAUUUCUUCUCUCUUUUUUUUCCCCCCAAGGAUUUAUAAAGCGUCAUGCGACAAACUGCUUUACUAAGGACUGGGUUUGAAAGUGCAUAUCCUACAGCAUCAGUAAGGUACAAAUUCUUCAGCUUUUAGGUGGAAGAAAUGUAAUCAUUAGCAGAAGAGUUUGCACAUACUGAAAAAUAUGAAGUGUUUUCAUUUACAAUAUUUUUCCUCUUAACUCAGCAUCAAAUCCAUUAUAGCGAGAAAACUUGAGGAAAAUAACUUCCUUUUUUUCCCCCCAAAGCAAAAAGCAAGAAAAGGAAGUUACAAUGGGAACAGAAAUGCAGAAGAUGCCUAUGUCCGCUCCAAAAUGAAUUUCAGCAUGCUUUAAUGAAAAAAGUCACCUUUGCAGUAAACCUUCAAGAGGGCUAUGAGUUCUUGUACAUAAGCAAACAAUAUCCUGAAAUACAUUUGUCAAAGCUGAAGGAUUAGAAGAGGUGAGCCUGUGUACCAGGAAGGAAGUGCAAUUGUUUCACGUGGAAAAAAAAAAAAAAAAAAAAAGUGUUUUGUGUAUUUUAUACCGUUUUUAAUUGAAAAAUAUAAAACUGUUUACAAGACAGCCCACCCUACAUAUUUUAGAAACUCAAGUAUUUCCGAACAAGAAAAUAUAUUUUUUUUUGCCUAAACAGAAAGAAAUAUCAAAUAUGGACAUAGCAAGAAAAUACAACAGUAUUUAGUAUAACUUUAAAAUAGUGUUAAUAAUUAACGAACUCAUCCAUGCUAACAUGCCUAGCGUUUGGGGUUUUUUUUGAAGAAACUAAAUCAAGCAUCUCUCAACGGCAAUCGAUUCCAAACCCUUAGUGUCACUGAAUCAGUAGCUUCUCCCAUAAACCUAUUCUAACCGUUCUUGUGCGCAGGGACUCUAACACGAAACUGAACUGUUUUUACGUGCGGUUACUGACUCAUACAGAGACCAGGAUUCUGUAAUCAUUUAAAAUGACAGAGGAAAAUUCACUGGUGAAACAUAUAAGAGCUAAAAGCGAAAGUUCUCACGGCGUGUUCUGUACAUGUCCAGGCUAUUUUCUUAAGAAGUUGCAAAUUUUUAAUUUUUUACAUUUUUUUAAAACUGGAAAAGCUAACAUACAUAAUAGUCUUGCUUAAACUUACAUAUGGUGUUCUAUCCUACCAUACAAUGUAAUUUGUAAUAAAAUGUUUUUGCAAGUGUGUAAAAUGUAUCAUAUUGUAUUACAUUUAGAAUCACUCAGGCUCAGGUUAGACACUGAGAGAAAAAAAACCUAAAUCUUUAGAGCUUUUAGUUAAAUGUAACUGACACAGCUAUUUUCACCCUUAUGUAGAAGAUCUUAUAAAAUGCAGGUAUGAGGUUAUAACAAAGAAAUCGCAUCUUCACUUUCAACGUGGCACAUAACGUAGCUUUGCUGAAUUCACAGACAGUACCAUGCACUUUCAUACACUGAUUUACGAUAUGCACUUCUGCCAUAUCAUGCUUAAAAAUACUUUUUAGUCAAUAAAUACUGCAGUGAUUUUACAUUACUUGCUAUUUUCUGAGUCCGUAUAAUUUCCAUUAAGCUACAGUUACAUUCUUUGUUUUAGAACUAUUAGGAAACACUUAUUCAUGUGAGUAUCACUUGUUUUCUUAAAGAAAAAAGUCACUGUAAAAAUAGUUUAAGAAACAGGAUAAACUGAAAAGAAAAUAAUUAUUAAAACUGAAAAAUCCUACUGUUGGUACAAAGUGUUUGCUUUUUCUUGCUUAAGAUGCAAAACCACUGUCUAUGCCUUUAAUUUCAGCUAUGUUUCAAAGGUUAAUCAGUUUUUCCAAAUCAAAUAGGUUUAUUUUUCACGAACACUUUCAAAUCGAGUACACUGUAGGAUUAUACCAGUUCUUUAGCAUCUGUAUAACAGCACACACUAUAUGCUACUACUGGAAUUUGUUAACUGGAUUGCCACUACAACUAUAACUGCUCUACCAAUACAGUUCUGUUUUAAUAGAAUGAAACAAGACUGCAUGGAAAAUUUUUAGCAUUAUUUCAGCACCCGCAGGAUACAACUGUGGCUUAUUAAGAUAAUUGGAGUGCUAGAAAUUUGCUGUCAAUUUAUUUAAGUGAAUGCAGUUUGUUCCGAUAAACAUUGGUAAGUCAUACUCCAUACCCAUUCGUUGCAUCGGUGAUAUUACUCAUUUUGCAACAUAAAAAAAAAAUAUCUCAGUAUUAGUGAUGGAACAAGACUGUUACCAUCAUUCAAAUACCACUUCAGUUUUUGUGAAAUCAGAUUGCAAUACAUCAUUUCAAAUGUUUUUGAAAAACAAGAGAACAUGCAAUUCCAUAAAACAAAGUAGUAUUUUUUACAGCAUAGAAGUCCAGGGAAGAAAAAAAGGCUUUCUCCUCAACAUUCUGGAACCCAUUAGCCCUAAACUUGACAGAUUUUAAGGCACAGAGGG